GGGGAGUGAGGUUUUACCAACGCUCUACACGCACAGCUAAGCUAGCUGGCUUUCGUUACAACUUGCUGUGCAAUAGGCUGGCCUACCACCAGUGCUUAAUUUGUAAAGUGGGAGGUGCCGGAGCGCAAAGGCGGGGUGGAUCCGGCGACUCAAAACGGGGAUUUGAGGUUACGGACCAACAACAAAAAAACCUGCGUACAUAGCUCUGACUAAAAAAAAACGAAACAACGCGGUGUGUACACCAGGGCAAUGUUUAUUAACUUCAGAACUUGCAACACACUGCACUGCAUGGUGUAAAAUGUAAAAAAAAAAUUGCAAUUAUUACCACCCAGUAAUCAAUAAUCAACUAGAUACAGCGUGGAAUGAUAUAGUAAUUUCUGAUUGACACAUCUGAAUACCUAUCUGAACCCCUAUUCCCCCCGGACACCUCCCCCCAAUCAAAAUACAUCGGAACUGACACAUAAUAUGACACAGAGAGGGAGCGGGAGACACAAACACUCAGCACACAGACCGGGAAAACAGGAGAUACAGGGGAACCAACCAACAGUCCAACAAGGGGCUAAUAGCCUCGGCGCUAAAGUAUGCUAUAUAUUGCAAUGAUGACCACCCACACCCAGUAACCAAUGAUCAACUAGAUACAGCGUGGAAGCGCGAUUUCUUCCUACCGUAGCCUAGGCCUACUUGUCCAAAAUGCCCCAUACAGCAUCCAGACCCUCGGCCUCCACUACCCUGCUUCUUUCUCUACACCUAUGUCCUUUAGAAAUCCAUGACCUCACGAAAGGGGUUGAACCGGGCAAGCGGCGGGCCGACAAGGCAAAUGGGGAGGAGAUUGUAGAGGUGGUAUUCCCUGAAAGCCCUGAUGACAUUCCGCGGGCUAUCGAUGCAAAACUGCUGGCAGAGCUUCUCAACUUCUCUCUCCCCGAACAGCGCGUCACCCUCCUGUGGCCAAUAUUGUGGAUAAAGCACUUUCAAAUACUCGAUUAGCUUGUUGUAUCCUGUUUGGUCUUCCCUAUUUCUAAAGACUAAUAAGAAAGAUAUCAACAUUGAACACUACACAAACAGUAAUUUAUUUAUUUUUCGUUUAGCCGAUUUAUUUUUUAUAUUGACGUAAGAGUUGACGGAGGACGGAUCCAAUAAAAAAGGUUCCGGAUCCAACGUCGGAGGUGCCGGAACAUGUUCCGGCGUGUUCCGGCUCAAAUUAAGCCCUGCCUACCACUAUCUACCAUAUAGCCGAUCAUAAACAAAAAUAACAUGAAAAAAAUUCUUUACAGUCAGUUAGACCUGCUCCCACAGACAACAUGGCAGAAUUACUCAUCCGCAAAUAUUAAGAGUCAAGAAACCAUAUUUACUGUUUUGUGGCAUUUCCUUAUCAAGGAGCAUAACGCCAAUUAGAUGCCAAGACAUUCCUGACCUGCACACAACAGAAUAGGUGAAAACUUACAAGUAAUGUACAAGUGGAGGAUUAAAAUCUUGACAGAUGAUGACAUACUGUACCUCUGCUGACAGAUAUUUCUACAGUAAAACCCAUUUGAGAAUAUACAUUUUGGGAGAUGAAGGAAUGUGAAUAGGCUAAUUUUGACAUGCUUUAAAGGCGCACUAAGCGAUGUUACACGGUUUCUAAGCUAAAACAUUCACAUACAGCAAACACGUAUUGCUAUAACUAAAAAAUAUCAUAUUGCAUGAUAUUUCCAUAACCACGAUACGCGCUUCACGAUGACGACAAAAAGGUGCUAACAGACAUUCACAAAAACCUAUAGCCCAUCAGCAAUCUAUCUAAAAUAACACCUAUUUGAAGUACCAUUCAUGAUACUGUAUGCUGUCAAAUUUUGAAGUUGUGGGAAGUACAUAGCUUAACUGUACAGUAUGUUUCCCCAUGUCUGUUUCAUUCGUACUGGCCAGGAGGAACGUAUGAAACAACACGCACAUAAAUAACUCAUCAUAGGUUUUGUUCAGAGCUGGAAAUGCAACUGUAUUUGACAGAGGACAGAUGUAGGUGGCUAGUGACAAAAUAUUAGCUUUCAGUGUGGUACGAUGUCUUUGUAAAUGACAUUUCAUUAAAAAGCCCCGGUUCUCCCCCUAUGGAAUAGAUGUGCAGGGUGUGAAAGUUUGACAGGCAUAGCAACAGUAACUAAGGAGGGCGGGACUUCUGGAAGGCUCAAUUGAUUUAAUUGAAAAUGAUUUUACAACAUGUGCUUCUAUAAUGUUUUCUUAAUUGUCUUUUGUGUGUUAAUGUCACAGGGUUGGUGAUAAGGAUGCUGAAACUCAGGCUACUCAACAUGUUGGCUCCAGCCUACUUUUUCACGGCAACAGUGAUCACUUUUGCCUUGUAUUUUUUCUUUUUUAUUCCAACAAUUUUUCAACCUCCUGCCAUUAUGAUACACACAUUUAUUUUUCUCUAUCUAAUGUUGAAUUCACUGGGGAAUUACGCAAUGACUAUAUGGUACCCAUCAGAGACUACCAGUGAAAGCACAAUUCCAUUAUGUCCUCUGGACUGUCCAGACAGGGUGGAUGCCCAUUACCUCCGUAAUGACCAUCACUUUUGUAAACUAUGUAGAAAAGUGAUAUUGAAAAGGGACCACCACUGCUUCUUCACAGGAAAUUGUAUAGGAAACAACAACAUGCGUUACUUCAUCAUGUUUUGCAUCUACACAUCAUGUACUUGCUUGUACUCCCUUGUUCUAGGUGUGGCAUACCUCACUAUGGAAUAUUCAAUUUCAUUUGAAAACCCCUUGACAUUCCUCACACUACUGCCCCUUUCAACAGGAUACUUCUUUAUUGGUAUGAUCUCAGGCCUCCAGUUCUUCCUAGUCCUGAUGCUUUAUGUAUGGCUGGGUAUAGGGCUGGUAUGUGCUGGAUUCUGCUGCCAACAAAUUCUACUGGUAACCCGUGGGCAGACAUGGUGCCAGCUGCAAAGGGGACGUCUUGUUCAGAGUCAUGGGAUGUGGCGUACCAAUCUGAAAGACGUAUUUGGUUCACGGUGGGCCCUGGGUCUCUUUCUGCCUGUGCUCACAGUCAAGGUUGUCUCAAAAAAUGAUGGAAACUUAAGUCAGAAGUUUAAUUGAGUGUUUUAACAUACUGACACCAUGCCUAGAUUAGUCUGCAGGCCCAAUACUAAUACAACAAUGCUAUAUGUGCCACUCUAUAUUUAUGGCAUGAAGACAAUUCAGGUUGUUCCCUGAAAAUAAUAGAUCAAUAAAUGAUCAAACACUGAAUAUCUAGCUUUGAGCAAAUGUGUAGUACUACACAUAUUUUUGCAAACUAUGUUUGUAGUCAAAAGUCCAGUGUUCAAAUUUAGGGUACAGUGGUCCAGUCAGGCUGUUCUAAUCUUUUAUGUUUCAAGUGAUUGUUGAACAUUUCAUAAAUUACAUUAACAUGAACAAAAAACAAAAAAAUCUGUAGUAGAGCAGUCUACAGUAUGUUAUUUUAACAAGAAACAAGUGUUAGCAAGAUGACUUAAUAUUUGAUGACUAUUUGUCCUGGUUUAACAUGCAUAUCACAGUUGGUUCAGUAGGAUCUCUUUCUGAGGCACGUUUCCCAAAGCCAUAGUUGCUAACUAAGGGCGUUUUCACACCGACAGCGUGUGUGCUUGAGCCCUUGUUUCAGUUCAUUUGUGCUGGUCGGAAUGCAACAAUCCAACAAUGUUUCAUACAUGUAUGGUCGGCUGAGUAAAUCAGAUUAUUUUCUAGCUGCAGUCACGACUCGUUUCCAAACUCCACAAUUGGUCAAAAGUCACAAAUGCAAACAUUAAGCCAAGAUUGCCCCGAAAAACUGUCUCCAGUGUGUAGCCUACAACGAAAUAACUCGAAAUAGACAGAAGAAACACCUGAGGGAGCUGUCUGUUCAAUUCCCACGUAGUUUGGUCCGCCUAGAAACAAUGCGUGUAUGAAACUGACCGGACCGAAGUUUGUUUGCAACAUUGUACCAAUUUAUUGCCUGUUGCGGACCAAAUAACUGAACUGUACUGUAGGCCUGUAAACGUCCUAAGUUGCAAUGCAAUUCCCCAUUGCCAACCAACUAAGGUUAGCAACUAUGGUUUUGGGAAACGCACCCCUGGCCAGUAGAGCACUGACAGGAGCAGCUAAGGGGAAUGGUGAGGAGAGUGUGAAGGAUCCUUACUUACGGAAUCUGUCUUUAUUUCUAUUAUGUAACUGUUAAGAUAUGAAAGCUGCCAGUGGUUUUGUGUGGUGAAUGAUUCCUGCAAGUUUUUUUUUGGUUCUCUCUUGUCAGUUGAAGUUGUACCAGGAUGUAAUAUUGAACGUGUGGACUGACUGUACUACUGAACAUUGAAAUGAAAUCUGACAUCUGACAUUCAACCCUAGAAGAAACAUGUGCUGUGGUGUUUUUUUAAUACAGAAUUUCCAGAGAGUGAGAA